AUGUACAAGGACAUGGAAGCAUUAAAAAGUCUGGUUGUCCAUGGAACUCUGAGUAGUUUAAAAUGGCUGGAACAUAGACCAGUCACAGCAUUCCGGAUACCUUUGCCACUGUGGGUGAUUGCCCCCAGUGUACUCGGAGUGUCGGCAGUCCUGGGACUAACUAUCGGUCUCCUGGUUAAUUUUCUGGAAGUAGAAAACAUGACCUACUAUUACCAAGGUAGCUUUCAAGUGUUGGAUAUACCAUAUAAUAGAAAUUAUGAAAGGGAGACAUCACCAGAAAAUAACUACCUUAGCAAAAUUUUCGAGACUAAGAGAUUGGUUGAUGCAUUUCAAAAAUCUAGCAUUUACACAUAUAUCAAUUCUCAAGUCAUCACACUGGUUCCUGGUAGCAACAGUGUGACAGCACAGAUAUGGCUGAUAUUCAAGGCCCCCAGAUCAAUGAAGGAAAACAUAAGAAGAACUGAAAGCAUCUUGCAUCAGGUGCUGAGGAACCACUCGGGACCCUGGACUACAGACCCCAGUUCUCUCAGGCUCACAGAAAUCAGUAAGGUCAAUGCUGAAAAGAUUAUCAACAACUGCUGUGGGAGAUGAGCAAGGAUAUCAGCUACGUAUGAUAGAGUCACCGGGGGCUCCACUGCUCAGGAAGGGGAAUGGCCAUAGCAGGCAAGCCUCAGCAAGGAGGGUCAACACUACUGUGGGGAGUCUUUGAUCAGUGAAAGGUACCUAGUGACUGCAGCUCAUUGCUUUAAAAAAUAAGACAAAAAAUCUGAAAAACUAUACUGUCAGCUUGGCACUAAAAUAAUUCCCCUUUAUAUGCAACAUUAUGUUGAACAAAUUAUUAUUCAUGAAGGCUACAUCCAAGGCGAGUAUCAUGAUGAUAUUGCAGUUAUACUGCUCACUGAAAAAGUUUUAUUUAAGAAUGAUGAACAUCGAGUUUGUCUUCCUGAAGCCACACAGAUUUUUCCACCAGGUGAAGGAAUUGUUGUUACAGGAUGGGGAGCACAUUCACAUGAUGGUGAAUACCCAGUAUUACUUCAGAAAGCACCUGUGAAGAUUAUUGUUACAAACACUUGUAAUGCUAGAGAAUCAUAUAAUGGUAUGAUACAAGACACAAUGCUAUGAGCUGGGUACAUAGAAGGAAAUGUUGAUGCCUGUCAGGGUGACUCUGGAGGACCACUAGUUCAUUCAAAUUCUCAAAAUAUUUGGUACCUUGUUGGAAUAGUGAGCUGGGGAGUGGAAUGUGAUUUAAUCAAUAAACCAGGUGUCUAUGUACGAGUGACUGCCUACCGCAACUGGAUUGUUUCCAAGACUGGUAUCUAGGACAAAAGCAAUUUGGAGCAACUAUCUUAGGUCAUGUUUGCCUAUUAUUCUUAACCUUGACAUGCAUUUUAAAUUAAUGCGUAAGAUGGCUGCUUUGAAAUAAUUAUGUUCUUUUGCCUAGUUUUGCCUGAUAUAGUCCUAAGAGAAUAUUUAUGAAUUUUAAUUUUAAGCAAAUUCUACAAGAGAGAAUAAGAAAUCUCAUGGUUAGUUGAGGAAGGCUUAAGCAAAGAAAAUGCUCCAACUAAAAAUGAACUAUUACUGUUUGUUUUCUGUUUCAUAAACUCAACAUUGCAGCUAUCUAACUGCAGCAUAAAGCUCUUGGUUUUUAGUCGUUUAGACUCUCUGAAAUUAUCAAAGUAUGUCCUUGACCACUGCAAGUUAGCAAGCAGCACUGGGAAAGCCUGGAACCAAUACUUCUGAGGGUUGGGUUGGAACAUGCUGAAUCCUCCUUCAUGUCUUAGCUUUUGUGCAAGAGGUGUGGUUGUGAACUAAAUUUGGUCAGAAUUUAGGCAAGGCACUGGCUUAGAACCUCUUGUUUGUACUGAGGUCUUGAUCAACUCUUGUAACCAUAGUGAAAAAGUUUUCACAUCAGCAAAACUAGGUAAAACAACACAUUUUAGAAGUACAGAGACCAGGUACACUAAUUCUGUAGUAUCGAUACAUGUUUGUGUGGAAAUUUUACUCUGUCUACUGAUGACUGUUUUCUCACUACCAAAGAUCUGUAAUAAAUAUAUAUCAUAUGCAACUAUAUGAUGUAGUUGUCCCAAAGUUUCACAAUUUUGCUUCUAAGUGGCAGUUUUUAGUUUUUUCCAUCAUAGACAAUCCCAGUUUCUUAAAAAUUUCAAAGACCAAAGGCUCUUAAAGAAGUCUUAGCAUCUUAAAUUUUAGUUAUUAACUACCUUUAUAUUUAACCCAUUUGGUCAUAAUAAUAAUCAAAUAUUGUAUUAUUCUUUAUCAUCAUCAUAACAAAUGAAGCAAUAAAGCUUAACCAUUUACUGAGUUCUCACCAUGAGAGACACAACUCUAAUAACUUUAUAUGUAUUGUCCCAGUUAAUCCUCAUAUCUUAUGAAGCACACCACUAUUAUCCUAACUUUACAGAUGAAGAAGCUGAGACCAAAGAGGUUAACAACCUUGUCCAAGGAUGCAGAAUGACAUCCCUCCUUCAUCUAUCUACCUCUUACUAUCACAGAAGUCCAUGAUAAGGAGGUGAUUUUGACCAGAGAUAUUGACAGUUCACAUUUUUUUUGGCUGUUGGUAUUGUUUUGUUUGCUUGUUCUUAUAGCGUACAACUAAAAAGAUGUUCAUGCUGGGAAAUGACACCAGCAGUACUUGCACAAAGGUAUUUAUAAUUGUAGAAUAUUUUAUAUGUCUUGCUUGAUCCUACAUAAAAAUGUAAUCUGAAUCAUGGCCUGUUGAAUUUAGUUCCUAUUUUCCUUCCCUUCACUCACAGCUUUCCAAGAA